AUGCAUAUGAAAGAAUACAAAGUACUCGCUUCUGAGAAACCAUCUGCAGCCAACCCAGUGCCACAGAUCUUUGCAAACAAUGUUUUCGCCCCAAAUGAAAUCAUUGCAAGAAGCAAAACAUUCAACUUAUUAAGAAAGCAGUACAAAAUCAAGCUUGCCACUGGUGUGGUUUUGAAGAUGGAGGAAGUACCACAGCACAAUGACGGAAAAGUAAGAACUUUUGGUGUCAGAGCAGCAUACAUAAUCAAGAGAAAGACUGUCAAUGUUCAUAAGGAAAUUAGAGCAUUAAGCAGAGCAGAGGCUGUAUUCAGCUUAUGGCAGGACCUUAGAAGCAGACACAGCGUAAGACCAGAGACAGUUGGAAUUAUUGAGGUAACUGAGAUAGCCACAAAGGACAUCACCAGCAAAGAACUCUUACAAAUUGCAACAAACCCAAGAUACCCACUCUUUGACAAGAGAAUUCCACUCAGUGACCCAUCCUGCAAAGUAGUUGCACUUGACAGAGCAUAA